GCUUUGCGCCAGGAAGUCGUCAGGCUGGCGACGGCGAAAGGGGACCCAACUCUACAGUGAGAGCUGGGAUUGCCGGCUACCUUCUAUGUCGAGCCUGUCGUAGAGCCCGGACCAUUAAUACCGCGACUGCUGUUUUCCCACAGCAGCGCGCCUCGGGCAGGGGACGGCGGUCGGCGUCGCCACAGACCUGGGAGCGCGCAGGAGCCCCUCUGGCCAGUGGGCGUGGCCUGGAGUGUUUCCGCUUCCCUCGGCGCCAGCCCCGCCCAGGCCCCGCCCCUCCCCACCCGGGGCCCGCCCCGCGGCUCGGGGGCGCGCGCGCGUGCGGGAGGGGGCGGGUUGGAAAGGAUCGCCGGCGAGAUCCCGAGGCGAGGCUCGCGCGCCCGCCCCCGCCCUGGCCCCCAGCGCCCACCCGGUCCGCCCGGCUCAGCCAUGAUCAAGGCGAUCCUCAUCUUCAACAACCACGGGAAGCCGCGGCUCUCCAAGUUCUACCAGCCGUACAGUGAAGAUACACAACAGCAAAUCAUCAGGGAGACAUUCCAUUUGGUAUCUAAGAGAGAUGAAAAUGUUUGUAAUUUCUUAGAAGGAGGAUUAUUAAUUGGAGGAUCUGACAACAAACUAAUUUAUAGACAUUAUGCAACGUUAUAUUUUGUCUUCUGUGUGGAUUCUUCAGAAAGUGAACUUGGCAUUUUAGAUCUAAUUCAAGUAUUUGUGGAAACAUUAGACAAGUGUUUUGAAAAUGUCUGUGAACUGGAUUUAAUUUUCCAUGUAGACAAGGUUCACAAUAUUCUUGCAGAAAUGGUGAUGGGGGGAAUGGUAUUGGAGACCAACAUGAAUGAGAUUGUUACACAAAUUGAUGCACAAAAUAAACUGGAGAAAUCUGAGGCUGGCUUAGCGGGAGCUCCAGCCCGUGCUGUUUCAGCUGUAAAGAAUAUGAAUCUUCCUGAGAUCCCAAGAAAUAUUAACAUUGGUGACAUCAGUAUAAAAGUGCCAAACCUGCCCUCUUUUAAAUAAAAAAAAUUUAAAAGGCCACUCCCAGGUAAAAUCCAGGGGGAAAAGUCAUCUAAGUUUACCAUGCAGUUGUUUACCAAAAAUAGAGGAGGAGAGUCUUACCUUUUGCUCUUGGAUUUAAGUCAAGGUACUGUAUAGAAGUUGUGUAAAAUCAGUAUGGCGGUUCAAUGUUGUUUUUCUUGUUCAGUGAUUUUAAAGAAAUUGAAUAGUUUCAGUGUGAUUUUUUAAAAAAUUUCUUUUCUAAACUGCAUUCCUAUGCCCACCUAAGGCAUGCUUCUGUGUAUUGGCAACAACAGUAUUUCGAAAAGUGUUUGAAGCAUUUCUUUAAAUUAUGUACUACUCAAAAUGUUGCUGGAGUUUUGUAUGGAUCACAAGUAUAGCAUUCCUUAAUUCUUUCUGUUAUUUGUCACAAUUGUUAUUUAAAGAAUCAAGUAUGUAUUGCAUGAAAACAUUAUGACCUUUUCCUCUUAGUUUAAAUAAACUCCAAGGUAACUGGACUCUUAAAGCACCUUUCUGUUCGCCUGAUAUCUACUUUAGCAAUAAUUUUUUUAUGACCCUCCUACUCAACAAAGUAAAUAAAAGUGUAUUUUAUCACUGUUAAGCAGCUGUUAAUGACAAUGUGUUAAAUUUAUACUUCUGUCUUUAAUACAGUCAGACCUCAGUUCUCGAGCAUCUCCCAUCUCGAACAAUUCAAUUCUUGACCAAGUUGUUCACGGAAAAAAUGUCUCGGUUGUCAAACAAAACUUCAAUUCUCAACUGGACAACCCUUUCAUGCGGAUACCUGUAUAAUCAGUCAUGUGUUUCUUAGGUGGCAAACAAAGGAGAGAAUAUGCAAGUCUGAGUCAGUUUACCGCUAAAAUUGUUAACAUCUCAGGAAAUUGUGCUGUGAAUAUUUUUUGUUUUCUUUUGUUGCAGCUUAUUAUUAUUAAAUACUUACAUUAAGUCCCCAUGGGUCCUACGGAGGUUAGUGAUAGGAGCAAAAUGGAAAGGAAAGUUGUGAGAACAAUGAUAGAGCUUAAAAAAAAAUAAUUGUCUGAUCUGGCUACUGAAAAUGGCUUGCAAAAUUGACAAUUAGCACAAUUUUAAAAUGCUAAGAGUAUGAAAGUGCUCACAAAACAAUGCAACUGAGAAAGGUUAAAAUGGAAUCAUUUGGGGGUCUGGAAUGAAUGAAUUCAGUUUACAUUAUUUCCAAUUGGGGGGGAAAUGAUUCAGUUUUCAAACAAAUCGCUUCUUGAAUAGCCUUCCAGCAUGAAUUAAGUUCAAGAACUGCAGUUUCAAUGUAUUCGGGAACUCACUGAAUUAUUCUAAAGCUCAAUUAUUUCACAAUCAAAAGUAGUGUAUCUCAUAACACAUUAUCUAGGAUGAGUUCUGGAAUGGGACAUGACAUCUUUUUCUAAAAAUUGUAGAAUCCAUUUUAUACAUAAAGGUUUAAACCUUG